UCACAUGACCCCUCUCAUCCAGACUGCAUGCAGUUUGGUAUUAAAAUGUUUCCAGCAGCUCCAACCAUUGUGUUGUUACACAUUUCAGAUGACAGAUCCGCGUUGAGCUGUUGGAAGCGGCUGUAACCUCCCGUCGAUCACCUGGACUGACGCCACAGACGGUUUACCUCCUCUCAGCUGUUAUUGUCCAGGUUGUGUCCCCCCCCCCACCCCCCCCCAAAAAAGUGCAGCGCUCCGGUGGGCAAGAGACGCCAGCUAACGUUUCAGUCAGGUCGGACGGCGGCGAGGCCCCAACCGGGACGGGAGCGCAGGGGGAACCAUGGCCAACAUCGCGGUUCAGAGGAUAAAACGGGAAUUCAAGGAGGUCCUCAAAAGCGAAGAGACGAGCAAAAACCAGAUAAAGGUGGAUCUGGUGGAUGAGAACUUCACAGAACUCAAAGGGGAGAUAGCAGGACCACCUGACACACCAUAUGAAGGGGGUAGAUAUCAACUAGAAAUUAAAAUUCCAGAGACGUAUCCAUUCAAUCCACCCAAGGUGCGGUUUAUCACAAAUAUCUGGCAUCCAAACAUCAGCUCGGUCACAGGUGCAAUAUGUCUGGACAUUCUCAAAGACCAGUGGGCAGCAGCUAUGACUCUGAGGACAGUUCUCUUGUCACUACAAGCCUUAUUGGCAGCUGCAGAACCAGAUGACCCACAGGACGCAGUAGUAGCCAAUCAGUACAAGCAGAACCCAGAGAUGUUCAAACAGACAGCGAGGCUGUGGUCUCAUGUCUAUGCAGGAGCUCCCGUCUCUAGUCCGGAGUACACACGCAAAAUAGACAAACUCUGUGCCAUGGGCUUUGAUAAAAAAGCAGUAAUAGUGGCGUUGUCGUCGAAAUCCUGGGAUGUGGAGACAGCGACAGAGCUACUGCUCAGUAACUAAAUCUCAACACCCCCCCCAUCUUCCUCUUGAUCCCUCUCGUCCCCACUUCACACAUACACACCAUCUCUCCUCCAAAUUCCAGCUGUCUGAAGGCACCUUGUUCACCAUUCCCCCUCUCCUCCAUCCCUCUCUCUCUCUCGCUCUCUCUCUCCUUCUGUGUGGCCUCCCUCCUCCCUGCUCAUCACCUCUGCUGUAACUCACACACUCCAGUCAGUUGCUCUGUGAGCUCUUAUCUCUGGUUUCUUUAAGUCCAUUCAACAUUCCACUCAGCACCACAAUCAAAAGUCCAACUACAUCUCCACCCCCUUUGAAUUAAAUGCCAGACUUGAGACCCCACCCACUCCCGGCUUUUCUGGCUGAGUCCAAGAAGCGGCUGUCAGCAGCUUAUCUUUGCCUAUGCAGUGCAUUUUAUUUUCAUUUGUGCAAACCUUUUGUAGGAGAAAGUCAAGCCAUUCAGGGAGGCUCUUCUGGACCUGGUCCUGAUUAUAACACACUUUGGUCUUGCUUUCUAAACAGGGGAUUAGCUGAGUCCAAGACUUUGAAACUGGUACCAGAGCUACCAUCACUCUCACCCACUGUCAGCUGGGAUUGGAGCCUGCUCCACCCGUGAACCAGAAGGAUAAGUGGCAUAGAUCAUGAAGAUUCAGGGGGAAGUAUAACAUUUUUUUUCUCAUAACAUUUGGACAUUCAACAAAAAUGUGUGGUAAAGUAAAUCUAGCGCACCUAUAGGCAAAUAUGAAAUACGACAUAAUGACCCAGUUGGACGAAGCUUCUUCCCUGUUCUGUAAACCAGAUCAUAAAGUGGUACUGAGGUGUAGACAUGCUCAUUUUCAUGCCACGUUUUCCCCCACUUCAGCCGUCUGAUGAACCCAGAGCCCCCACCACCACCACCACCUAUCCCUUUCCCCACAAUUUUUAAAAAAAGAAAUGAUUUGGUUUUGGCCUCCUACAAAAAUUCAUUUGGAUUCUUGUUUUUAAACCAAGAGAAAACUAAACAAACAGAGAAAAACAUGUUCAGCAGCAACACAACCUGUCUGGAUUUAAAUUGUUCCAAACGAGUUUGAAAAAUAUUGCAUCAUGUAAACUACGGCAACAGAUAAAUAUGUCAAAAAUGAUUCAUCUGUAAAUAAAGAUAUUAAAGUCUGUGUAAA